UUUCGUACAAAUUGUUGUGUUUUUUAUGGUCAUCGAUAAAUUUUCGUUACAUUUCUAAAGAUAUGCCUCUUUGUACCGUACCAGGUUGUAAUAACAAUGGUGUUCACUUAUUCCCCAAAAACCCCGGCCUGAAAAAACAAUGGGAAAUAGCGAUAAGGCGGAAGAACUUUGUUGCCACAAAACACUCACGGAUAUGCAGAGAUCAUUUUAAAGAAUCUGAUUAUGUAGGAGAAUCUGCAUAUACAGGGUAUCAACAGCAGCAUCGCUUUUUAAAACAAGGCAUUGUGCCUAGUGUUUUUCCUUGGACUAAACUGACAACACCCACAUCAAGAGCACUUAGAUACGAGCAGAGAUUAAGAAAAAGACGUCUUGAUUAUUCUGUUGCACAAGAAAGUACAUCUGAAUCCAGUUGUCAAGUUCCUCCAUCAGCCAAUGAAGUGGAAAUAGCCACAUCAAGUCAGCCAGAUGACACUGUAUCAUCAAACAAGCAUGAAGCGUCUACACAAACUGCUCACAGUUGUGGUAUAUUGUCAUUAAAUGCCAUCAGUAAUGAUAAUAACAUAAUUCACUUUUAUACUGGAAUGGAGACAUAUGAUAAGUUUAUGCUUUUAUUUGAUACAUUGUGCCCAAUGUGUUAUGAUCUGACCUACCGGGAGAGCAGAGUCAUGAAUGUUUCUCCACAGGAGCAACUACUGAUCACAAUGAUCAAGCUACGAAGAAAUUUGCCAGAUGUAGAGUUAGCAUUUUUAUUUGGUAUAUCCAGUGUUAAUACUGUUAUGGAGGCUCUGUGAGCGACCGACAAAUAAUGGAAAGAAGCAACAUUGACAAGUUAUGUGAAAGUGGUGAUUCCAUAAUGGCAGACAGGGGAUUUAAUGUUCAGGAUCUUUUGAUACCAAGAAAUGUAACGAUCAACAUACCAAUGUUUCUGAAAGGACGUACACAAAUUCCUGGUGUUCAGGUAUUAAAAGAUCGAAAUCUGGCCAGUAAAAGGGUGCAUAUAGAAAGAAUUAUAGGUUUGGCGAAAACAUACAAAAUAUUAAAAUCUGAAUUGUCUCCUUACUUCACUCCUUUAGGCUCAAGAAUUUUGUUUGUUUGUGCAAUGGCUUGUAAUUUUAGGGAAAAUAUAAUGAAAUAAAAUAAAAUGUACAAAGCA